UUCUCUGUGAACUUCAUCCUUCCAUGUCUCUGUCCACAAUUGAGGUAGAGAUAUGUAUUUUCGUCAAAGGGAACAUGAGUAAUCAAGCGUGUAUUCCAUUCAUAUCUGUAUCUUCCUAAACAGAAUAUGGACUCGUCUGCCCAAUAAACACAUACGUUAUUAACAAGAGAGGCCUCAGGGAGGGUGACAUCACAGAAGCUCUAAAAGGUUUAGCUCUUGCUUCAGUGUUUACCUAAGUACUAACAAGCAAAUAGAAACUGUAGCCCUACGAAGGAACGCUACUAAACAUUCCUGCAACAAUAACAACUUGCUUCUAGAUCUCGAAGAGAAGUUGGUGAUAGUUUCAGAGACUUUUUAGUCCUACGUCUGGGAAAAGACCGACUCGAAAUGGAAAAUGAGGUGACUCGAUUCGGAGUAUGGGACUAUUUGGUCCUAGGUGGGAUGCUUCUCGUUUCAGCCGUGAUUGGGAUCUACUAUGCCUGCUCGGGCGGGAAGCAGCAGACUGCGACUGAGUACCUCCUCGCCGAUCGGAAAGCUAGUCCCCUACCCGUCGCCUUCUCUCUGGUCGCGAGUUUCGUCUCUGCCAUCACGGUUCUCGGUGUCCCUGCUGAGGUGUAUGCCUAUGGCAGCAGGUAUUGGCUGUUCGGCUUCGCUUUCAUCGUGGCCGGGUGCAUCACCAGCCUCACCAUGCCCGUGUUCGUGAGACUACGACUAACAAGUGCAAAUGAGUAUCUUGAACUUCGAUUUAAUAGCGCGAUCCGACUGGUCGGGACAACGAUAACCUUCUUUUCCAUGAUUUUCUACAUUGCUGUGGUGAUCUACGCCCCUGCUCUGGCACUUAACCAAGUAUCUGGUGUUAGUCUAUGGGGAUGUGCCAUUGCCACCGGAGUAGUUUGUACGUUUUACACUACAAUAGGUGGAAUGAAUGCUGUGCUGUGGACUGAUGUAUUCCAGUCGUUGGUAAUGAUGUGUGGUCUCCUGGCCGUGAUCAUUCAGGGAUCAAACGAGAGCGGCGGUAUGGACAAUGUCUGGAGCAUCUGCCAGAAAGGAGGAAGGAUUAAUUUCUGGGAAUUUGAUCCCGACCCUACUAUCCGCCAUAGUUUCUGGAGCAUUGUCAUCGGAGGUGGAUUCACCUGGGGCGCCAUCUACGGCAUAUCACAAGCGCAGGUCAUGAGAUAUCUCGCGUGUGGAAAAGUCAAAACUGCCAGAUUAGCACUUGGAAUGGCGAUUGUUGGUAUGAUCAUCGUGCUAUCUUCUGCCGUGCUUGCUGGGAUGGUGAUCUAUGCACGAUACGCUACAUGUGACCCUUUCCGUACGGGUAGAGUUACUAGUGGCGACCAGCUGAUGCCCUUUAUAGUUUUGGAUCUUUUCGGUGACACACCAGGCCUCUCUGGACUAUUCACUGCGUCAAUAUUCAGCGCAGCCAUGAGUACGGCGUCUUCAGGUCUCAAUGCUCUCACAGCUGUUACGACCGAGGACCUCGUGACCAAAAUGUUUCCACGAGUGGGCAAGAGUGAAAAACUAUACGCGAUAGUCAGCAAAAUCGUAUUGCUUUCAUAUGGAGCCAUUUGUAUUCUGCUGACCUAUGUAGCAUCUUAUCUGGGAAGUGUUCUGCAGUUGACGCUAAGUCUUGGUGGAAUGCUUGGUGGGCCUGGUCUCGGGUUGUUCAGCCUCGGAAUGUUCUUCCCAUGGGCAAACAGCAAGGGCGCUCUUGUAGGAGUGCUUGUCUCUCUCGCCUGGAGUCUGUGGGUUGGUGUUGGAACAUAUGUCGAUGGCAUCCUCUAUCCCCGAAACCCUGGCUUUCUCCCGCUCGAUAUCUCCGGGUGCCCAGCUCCUCCAACGAUAAACACCACCAUGACGACCUUGAUGAUGGAGACGACAUCUAUGCAAAUGACCUCUGAGAUGAUGCUGUCAGUCGCGCCGCUAAUGUCUCCUCCGGAACCCCUUGGAAUCUACAGGUUAUCUUACAUCUGGCUCGGUUUCUACAGUUGGAUGAUUACUCUGGUUCUGGGAUUACUUGUCAGCUUCAUAACAGGAGCGACGGAUCCUCGAACGCUGAAUCCUGCUCUGAUUAAUCCUAUCGCUGAUUGGUUCUUCUGUUGCUUGCCUGCCUCGUGGAAGACUACACUCAGAUGUAGGGUAGGGGAGCAUUACACACCGGACGAAACGGACCUUGUGAAGGGUGAAGCAUGCGAGGUCAAAGGUCACGAAAAUGGGAUUGAGUCUGGUUUUGCUGUGGAAGAAGACGAAACAAACACCAACUCAGAACAUCAACCGCAUAAGUCUGUUGACAAUCUGCCACCAAGUUAUGAGGAUGUUGCCACCAGUCCAACAAAUGACAAGGGAACACACGCCAUGGAUGAUGAGGAUACAAGACUUUAGAAUCAGUGGAUGAUGUGAAUACAAAACUUUAGAGCUGUAGACUACAACAAUGUCUCUGAGUAUCGCUAUAUGUGUCGUGUAUAUCUUGUUGUCAAAUACGUAUCGCUUAUUAUUGUUCUGAUAUUUUAUUGAAGCUACAUAGUGUGUAGUAGUUAUUAAAGGGGAGUCCAUCUUGAUUUAAGUUGGUUCCGAUAGAAGCAGAACAUGAGAGGAAGAGGUCAGUGAUUGUUUGAGCAAUAUCCUAUUUAAAAUAAGGCAGUUGUAAUUUUUUUUAAACAUUUCAUCAGUGAAACACAAAUUGGCAACACCGUGACAUGUCUUGCGAGGUCCUCUCCAAUUUCCACUGUACAGAGAAUAUCAGAAACGUUCAUUUUCUUACUUAAUGGUGACGGGAUAGAAUUGUUUAAAACAGAUAGAGGAUGUAUAAAAACGUAUGUAAUUAUAAAAAUAUUUUGGGUGAAUGUAUGAUUGAACAUUUUCUCAAUGAACAGAGCCAAACGGGAGGGGAUCUCGCAAGAUAGGUCACAGAGUUACAAUUUUUUAAUAUAUUAAUUACACUUUCGAAAAUGUAUAACUUUCUUAUUUUAAUCGGAUUUUGCUCAAUGUUUCACUGAUCUGUUUCUUUUAUUUAUCCGCUUCAAUUUAAACCAACUUAAUAUCAGCCUAAGGGUUGGACUCACCCGAUAAUGUGUUUGAUGCUGAAACUAAGACAGUCUAUUGCCAAAUAUAUAAUCGCUUCACGAUACUUUGCAAAGAUCACUCAGACGGGUAUAACAAUCCGUUCAAAAUGUUGAUUGCGCGGUAAAUAACAAUUAAAAAAUGUAAUCGCUUGGUGUGUCAUUUUAUGUUAGACUUUAGAGAAAUUAGAUGAAACACAGUCGCAAAUAUUUUCGGAAAAUCAAAUGAAGGGCAAUUUGAAGACCCUGUAGUAUAUUACUUAGAAAUCAAAUUCGGGUUCGCUGUCUUCCUCGCACAAUAUGAUACGUGAUGCACAAUGUUAUUUGUUUUUUUGUUUCAAAAGAGAACAUAAUCAUAUACAUAAAGUAACAAUUAUUUUUUAAUUUUAUAUAAUUAUAAAUUUGU